GAAAGGUUGAAAAACCGAGAAGAUUCAAAGGACAUCAAAAAAGGUUAAACGCGAACCUCAAGAACCUAAAGAACCCAACCCCAAGAACCCAACCUCAAGAACCCAACCUCAAGAACCCAACCUCAAGAACCCAAUCUCAAGAACCCAACCUCAAGAACCCAACCUCAAGAACCCAACCUCAAGAACCCAAGUACCCCAAGAACCCCGAGAAUCCAACCCCAAGAACCCCAGGAACCCAACCCCAAGAAAAAAACAAAAAAAAAUCGUGA